AACCUGAGAACGAAAUAAAUAUUACUGACUCCAUAUUAGAAAAACCAACAAAUCAGCUUCCAGAAAACCUUGAAAAUAUGUCUAAUCCAUAUUUUACUAAUUUUACUGAAAUGUGUUUUUUUACUUGGGUGACUAAGCACUCUAUUUCAACUGCAGCCUAUCAGGAACUUGUGGCUAUUAUUUCAAAUAGUCAAUUCAACCCUCUUGAAAUGCUGCGAAACAUACGUUCAUUGAAGCGAUAUCGGCUAAGACUACCUAGUCUUCCGAUUCAUCAACAUAAAGUUUGCAUAAAUAUUCACAAAUCACCCUCUAAAUCGUUAUCAUUCAAAAAUGCAUAUACGUUAUCGAUAAUUGACCAUAUACAACAAGUCCUUAAAAAUCUCAAACUUUUCUCCAAGAUGUAUUUCGGUCCCGGAGUUGAAGGUGAAGAAAGAAAAGAAUUCUGGCAUGGAUCAAUUUGGUCUGAAUCCCCACUGUUUAGUGACGAUACGCUAAAAGUCACAUCUUCAG